AUGAGUUAUAGAUCAUCCAACGCAUUACCGUCGUCAAAAAAGACUCACCUGGAAAGACAUAAACAAAUAUUAAAACAACUUCUUAGAGAAAAUUGUAAUAAAGUAUGUGCAGAUUGCAAAACUUCCAAGAACCCAAGAUGGGCCUCUUGGAGUUUGGGUUGUUUUGUGUGUAUUAGAUGUUCAGGUAUUCAUAGAAGUAUGGGAACUCAUAUUUCAAAAGUUAAAUCGGUCGAUCUUGAUGCUUGGGAAGAUGCACAAGUGGAAAAUAUGGUCAAAUGGGGUAAUGAGAAAUGUAAUGCUUAUUGGGAAUCAAAAUUACCUGAAGGCUAUAUUCCUGAUUCUCUGAAGAUUGAAAAUUUUAUUAGAACAAAGUAUGAUUUAAAGAAAUGGACGGGAUCACAUCAUAUACCUGAUCCAUCAACGAUUAAAACAUCUAGCCCAGCCCCCAAAGUGGCAGAUCUCAAUGAUGUUAAGAAAGCUCCAGUUUCUACCAAACCUAAGCAACCAGUUCAACACUCAAUUAAUCUAUUAGAUGACGAUUUCGGGGAUUUUUCUUCCACACCGUCACCAAAACCUAUUCACGCAACAAUCUCCUCCCCUACAAUUGUAUCACGAGCAGCGCCAACACCACAAAAACAGCAAAGUUUACCACGUCCACCAUCAGCACAAACCCAAUCAGCACAAUCAACCGGAGGAAGUAUUUCAAGUGCAGGGAGACCAGAUCUUAAGAAAUCUAUUUUGUCAUUAUAUUCAUCGCCAUCUUCCUCAAGUGCAUUCAUUCCUCAAGUACAGCAACCACCUCAACAACCACAACCACCUCAAGCUAGAGCACAAGUAUACAGCAACACCGUUUCAUCAAGCAGUAUGAAUUCAUUAACAGGAUCAUUGUCAGGUUUAAACUUCAAUUCACCAGCUGCUAUCCCUAAUCGUCAACCUGAACCCAAAAUGGCACCUAAACCCGUAGUGGAGAAUAAAACACCAACCGUGCCUCCUAAAUCACAAUGGAAUACUGAAUGGUCGGAUUCUUCGUCAUCAUCAACAACUUCGGUGCCAACUUCCACAAAUCAAUGGAGUACUGGACUUGCGACUAGCCUGGCCAAUCAAUGGAAUUCCGCUGGUCCUAGAUCUAAUGGCUUGAGUGGUAAUGGAUUAGACGAUGAUUUGUUCAAGAACGUCUGGAGCUAG